AUGAGUGAUUCAAUAAUACUGGAAAUGACUCCAAGAGUAGAAAAAACAGGAGAUGGAAUGGAGGAGAGACAAAUUGAAAAAAACAACGCUGAUUUGGUAAUAUUAAGUAACAAAAUUUUCAGUAAUAAAAUGGCAAAUAAUCCACUAGUUUUUGAUGAGUUUCCUAUAACUAAGUUGUUACUCAGCUUUUUUGUAAUACUAUUUAUAUGUUUUGGAAUUAUUGACAUUGUUUUAGGCUUUUUUAGGCUUGGACUAAUGUCAUUGAUUACUUCAAUUUUUGUAUUAUUUUUCAGAUGUGGAGAAAGAAAUCGCCAGCAUAGCUCUAUCUUUGUACUCUUUAUUGUGGCAAUAACCUCCACUUUAAGUUGGAAAUCCAUCUCAAAUUAUAUAAUGAAUAAUGAAGAGACUCCUUUUGAAGAGAAAAUAUAUCCAUUGUUGAUCCUUGAGUUCUCAACAUCAUUAUUUCUUACACUUUGGUUAUUGUUGAUUUCUCUUUCUGGUUAUUCUGGUAAGAAUCAGCAAAAUAUUUAUAUUGAAAAUCAGAACUACAGAACUAACACAAAUUUACAGUUCAAAGCAUUGUCUGCCUUCAACUGGUAUCUAAUUUCAAUGGGAUUUGAAUUUUCAAUUCUUGUAUUGUAUUUAAUAGAAGGAUCUUAUAUAGUAUCAACCUUACCAUUUGUGAGUUUGCUAGUUUCUUUGUUUUAUGUUAUUAGCAAAUCUAGACGCAUAUUACAGUAUUCCGAAAUUUUCCUUCCAUUUAUUAUGUUGGCAUAUGUAAUAAUUAGAAUGAUUUAUGAAUGGGUGGCUCCUGACGAUUAUUCUUCCAUGAUUGGUGCAUAUUUGGUAACUAAUAUGGUUUUUAAGCAGGUUGUUGGACUUUCAAUCUUAUUCGUUCCAAGUAAUAACUAUUGCGAUAUGGUUAAUGAUAAUGGUUCAUACAAUAUAAUCGUUUUAGUUUCUCACAAGGUCCAUCAAAAUAAGCAGAAAAAUUCCAUUAGUGAUUCAAAUGUGAUUGAUAUAUCUCCGACAAACAGAGCAAUUGUUGAAAAUCCUGAGUCAGAAAAUAAAGAAGAGAUGUUAACAUCAAUUCAAGUGAUCUCCAAUGAGAAUCCAGAAAAAUCAAGCAUUUCUGUUGAAGAUGAUUCAAAUAAUACAAUUAAAAAAGAAAUGGAAGAGCCUUUUGAGUUAAAGAAUCAAAAAAGUCACUCUGCCGUUGUAGAAGACGAUCCGGAGGUAAAUAUUCCAUACGAUGAUGGACCCAUAAAAAUUGAAAUAAAGAAUGGAUCAAAUUAA